AUGCAGCCCUGCGCAGCCCUGGCGCUCCUGCUCCUGGCUGCCGGCGCCGUGCACGCCCAGCCCGGCUGCACGCACUUCUCCCAGCUCCUGCCCGCCUAUCUCAGAGACCUGAGGAUCAAGUUUGAGGAAAUUAAAGGCUAUUUUCAAUCAAAGGACAACGAACUUGGCAUCCAGCUGCUCAGCUCUGACCUGCUCAAUGAAUUCAAGGGCACCCUUGGCUGCCAGUCUGUGUCGGAGGCCAUGCGCUUCUACAUGGAAGAGGUCCUGCCGAGCGCGGGGCGGGCGAGCGCGCAGCACGAGCAGAGCGUGGGCCACCUCCGCAAGGCGCUGAUGCAGCUCAAGGCCACCAUGAAGCGCUGCCACCGGUUCUUCACGUGUGAGAAGCAGAGCAAGACGGUGAAGCACAUCAGGGAGACCUUCGAGAAGAUGAGCGAGAACGGCAUCUACAAGGCAAUGGGAGAAUUCGACAUUUUCAUCAACUACAUUGAAGAAUACUUGAUGAUGAAGGGAAGGAAGUGA